CCCGAAUUGUUUUGAAAGCUUGCCCAUUACGCUAGAGGUUCAUUUUGAUCCCUCCCACGACGCUCUAAUUUUUGGCGCCUAAAACGCUUUUAAAAUCUUUUCCCUUUCGUCUUUCUCCGUGCGAAAGCGAAAUACAUCCACACUAGUUUGGAGCAACAAUGGAGCAGCAGCACAGAAACCAGCAGAAAAGUGUGCAAGAACGGCAGCAAGAUGAGGUCGAGGAAAUUCAACACGGCCCUUUCCCGAUUGAGCAACUCCAGGAAUCUGGAAUCUCUGCCAUUGACGUAAAGAAACUUAAGGAUGCGGGUCUAUGUACUGUAGAAUCAGUUGUGUACUCUCCUAGAAAAGACCUUCUGCAAAUAAAAGGGAUCAGUGAAGCUAAAGUUGACAAAAUCAUAGAGGCAGCUUCAAAAUUGGUGCCUCUGGGUUUUACUAGUGCCAGCCAACUCCAUGCACAGAGGCUUGAAAUCAUUCAAAUAACAUCUGGAUCAAAAGAGCUUGACAAAGUCUUGGAAGGGGGAAUUGAAACGGGAUCUAUCACUGAAAUUUAUGGCGAAUUCCGCUCUGGGAAGACUCAGCUUUGUCAUACAUUAUGUGUUACUUGCCAACUUCCCUUAGAUCAAGGGGGCGGUGAAGGGAAGGCAAUGUAUAUUGAUGCUGAGGGCACUUUCAGACCACAAAGACUCUUGCAGAUUGCAGACAGGUUUGGGUUGAAUGGAGCAGAUGUUCUAGAAAAUGUGGCAUAUGCUCGAGCUUAUAACACUGAUCAUCAGUCAAGGCUUUUGCUCGAGGCAGCCUCAAUGAUGGUAGAAACCAGGUUUGCUCUUAUGAUUGUGGAUAGUGCUACCGCACUUUAUAGGACUGAUUUUUCUGGACGAGGGGAGUUGUCUGCCAGGCAAAUGCAUCUGGCAAAGUUCCUAAGAAGCCUUCAGAAAUUAGCGGACGAGUUUGGUGUUGCAGUUGUAAUUACUAACCAAGUGGUUGCCCAAGUCGACGGUUCUGCCAUUUUUGCUGGACCUCAGAUCAAACCCAUAGGCGGCAACAUUAUGGCGCACGCUUCUACAACAAGGCUGGCUCUUCGAAAGGGAAGAGGAGAAGAGCGCGUUUGUAAAGUAGUAAGCUCUCCAUGUUUAGCUGAAGCUGAAGCAAGGUUUCAAAUUUCUCCUGAAGGUGUAACUGAUGUGAAGGACUGAUUGGCAGUUUGGCACCAACCAAACUUUUGUCUGCAACUUUCUUCUUUUUCUGGAUUACAAAUUUGUAAUUUCUGCAGAUUUAUGUCUUGUGUACUAAACAGCUGCUAAAUCUUGAGCAACUUUCCUUUAUAUAAUGCAAAGGUUUGUCAUUUCGUUUAGUUGAAA